CGUAGUUCUUCCCUCUCUUCUCUGCUUAAUUGACUUUUUUUUCCCUUUUCAUUUCUUUUUUUUCUGUCCCGUAUCUUCUCGAAUUAUUUUACGCCGCGUGUACGCGAGAAUGCCGCAGACUGGGAACCAGACGAGCUUGUACAACAAGCUCGUCAUUACUUUUGUUGCAAUUGGAGGGACUACGUACGGGUAUGCAGCCUCAAUUAUCGGAAGCACAAUUGGCCAGCCGGGCUGGUACCAAUUCUUCAAUCUUCCCGCCGAUGGUGAACCAGGCUACGAUACUAUAACGACACCAGCGAUCGCGACUGCAAAUGGACUCUUCUCUGCUGGCGGCGCGUUUGCGUGUCUCGUUCUUAUGUGGGCUUGUGAUUAUUAUGGAAGGUUGAGGAGUAUUCAGUUUGGAUGCGCUUUGGGGAUCCUUGGUGGUGUCCUUCAAUGCGCUGCCCAGAACCUUGCUAUGUUCCAAGCUGGGCGAUGGAUCAUGGGAAUGUGUGUUGGUCUGAUGGCUACCGUUACACCGAUGUAUCUCUCCGAGAUGUCAAGUCCUCUCGCACGUGGCUGGCUCGUCGGUCAUCAUGCCAUCUUUCUCGUUUUCGGAUACAUGUUGUCCUCAUGGAUUGGCUUCGCAGUCUACUUUUCCAAAAACCUCGAGUUCGGCUGGCGCUUCCCAUUAGCCUUCCAAGUCUUUCCUCCACUGGUCUUGCUUCUUGGUUCACCUUGGAUUCCUCGCUCACCAAGAUGGCUUAUGUCCAAGGGCCAUCGUGAAGAAGCAUGGUCUGUUCUCGUCCGGCUUCGCAAGUCUCCUAAUGAUCCUGAGGAUCUGGUUGCCAAAGAGGAGUACUACCAGAUUGAGAAGCAGCUUGAACUGGAUGCUAAGAAGCUUGAGGUUUAUGGGGGAAGUCCUUGGAGGGCUGUGUUCCAGAAGAAGAGCUAUCGCAAGCGCAUGCUCAUCGGAUUCAUGACGCAAUGGGGUGCCGAAUUUGGAGGUCCUCUCAUCAUCAACAACUACGCAGUCAUCCUGUAUACCAGUCUAGGCCAGACCGGAUAUAUGCCGCUUCUGCUGUCUGCUUUAUGGUUGACUACAGCCGGGUUGAUCUACAACCCUGGUGGUGCAUGGCUUCACGAUAAGGUCAACUCCCGUCGCAAGAUGUACAUGACUGGCUUCAUCGGUAUCGUCAUCACCACUUCAGUAUACUGCGCCAUGAUCUCUCAGUAUGCUGGUACAGAUAACAAAGCAGGCAACGCUAUUGGCGUACUGUUCAUGUUCUUGUAUCUUGCCUUCCAAGGCACCUUCUGUAACACAACCAUGUAUCUCUACGUCUCAGAGAUUUUCCCAACUGAGAUCCGAUCCAUCGGCAUUGGUUGGUCUCUCUUUGGGCAAUUUGCUGCUACCAUCAUUCUCCUUCAGACAGCGCCCAUAGGAUUUAACGCUGUCGGUUGGAAAUACUUCCUUCUCGUCAUCUGCUGGAGUGUUCUCUUCAUCCCUGCCAUUUACUUCUUCUGGCCUGAAACUGCUAGACUCUCUCUGGAAGAGAUUGGUAAACAGUUUGGUGAUGAAGUAGCUGUGCAUAUUACAGAUGCGACAGAUGAAGAGCGCGCAGCCAUUGAUAGACAGUUGAUGGGAGAGAUGUAUGGCGAGAACAAGGCUCCAGGUAACGCUGCGAAUGAGAUCCCAUCCAGCAAAAGUAGCCAGAAUAUCGCGAUCAAGCAGUAGGUUGGCCAUCGCUUGUCGCAGAUAUCAGGUCGGAUGGCAUCAGCAUAUAGUUAUAUAAUUACCUUCAAAGAAUUGGGGA